UCUUGGAUUUUCGUCACGUAUCGAAUAGAAUUUUUUUUAAUUGUUUGUUUAUAUUAAUUUGUUAAUUUGUUAGUUCAUCGCAUUUUGAGUUCUAUUUCUUAGUUGAUAGUUGAUACUGGUGGGUAUAUUUUUGUUCUUCAUUUCUAGAAAGACAGGCUUUUAGGGUGAUGAUUCUUUUGGUUGCUUAAAGAAAGCGAGAUUGAAGAUUGGAUGAAUAGUUUGGAAACCCUAUGGGAUGUGAAAUGAGAUUUGUCUUUGGCAUUAGUGCUGUACUCAAUUUAGAAAUUGCUCGCCAAUUUGAAUGAGAAAUGGAAAGUGUUUGUCUAUUGAGCCUUGGUAAAACUUACUAGUUUCAAAUGCAGUGUAUUGCCUAUAGUUUAAAUGGUGUAUGGCUGUAUUCCUGAUUGGAACAUUUUAUGUUUCUCUCUUGGUUAAGCUAUUUUCAAGAAUCUCAACUAGUAGAGCUAACAAGAGAUUCCCAUGAGGGAGAUAAUUGGUCCACUUACUGAUACGUAUCUGAGUGUUGUGCCCAAUUUACAACAUUGCUUAUGAAAGAUAGAGAACAAACAGUAUGGUCAGAGCGUAUUCACAAGAGCACACUUAUAAGCAUCCAUGGGAGCGAGUGACUACUGCAUCGUGGCGAAAGUUUGCUGAUCCUGAAAACAAACGCGUUCUAUCACACAUCCGUGCGGUUGACACUUUGAACCACAAGCUUGACUCCAGUUCAGGGAAGCUUUACACUACUCGUGCUGUCACCAUCCAUGCUCCAGGACCAUGGUUCAUUUCCAAAAUCACCGGUCAGGACUCCUGCCAUUGUGUUGAAUCAACUGUUGUGGAUGCCCAAUCUCGCUCAAUGCAGAUAUCCACUCGUAACAUCAGUCUUGAGAAGUUCAUUGAAGUGGAAGAGAAGAUCCGAUACGAUCCUCAUCCAGAGAAUCCUAAUGGAUGGACAAUUUGUAGGCAGGAAACUAGUAUUAGGAUAAAGCCCCUGUCAGCGUUGGCAUCAAUGGCGGAGAAGAUAGAGCAGAAAUGUGCUGAUAGGUUCCAGCAAAACAGUGCUAAAGGCAGGGAAGUGAUGGAAAGGAUGUGCAAGUAUCUUGAGACUGAAUCAGGUGGCAUUUCAAUGUGAUCUGUUUGCUUAACUUUGAAUGAACUUCUUCAAUGCUAAUUCUUAGGGGCUCCGACCUGUUGGAGGUGAGUUUUUGUUUUUGUGAAACAAAAAGAGAGUAGGCUCUUCCUUUAGCUUUGUAGAACUGGAUGUAAAAUCAUAGUUCAUGCAGGGGCAGUCAUGUGAUGCAGAUAGCCAAAUGCAUCUCUGUGGAAUAAUAAUGACUUUCAGAGAUGAGAGUGUUGUAUCCAUUGAUUUCUCUUUUCAUUUUGUUGCUCAAGACUCCCUUCCAUUUUCAGUAAUGAUCUUGUUCCCAUUCACUCUUUCUCCAAUU